GUCAGAGGUGUGGAGCCUUUAACUUGGAACAGGGUGUGAAAAGAGAUAGAAGUUCAGGAAGGGAGUCGACCCUCCCUGUCAUUGCUAUACUCACCUGGAUUGUGUGGGGGUGAACUUAAAGGAGGGAGCAAGUCACUGCCGACAAAGUCACAGUCAGUUGCUCUGACUCUUUCUGUCACGCACAUACACUUGCUACUCUGACUUCAUGGGAAAUUCAGUCAAUAUUUGACCAGACUGGACUGUACAAGAGGGAAGACGCAAAAGUCAGAAACAAAGAACUCCCAAGUUUUUACCUUCAGGGAAGAUUUUUUUUUUUUUAAUCUAUACCUGGUUUUGAGAUUUUACUUUUCACUGGAGGUGGAUACACACUUUUUCCAAGCUUGUGGGUUCAUGAUGCCAAACAGGAAUUAGUGUUUUUUUUUUCUUCUCCUUAUUUAUUGUUUUGACUUUUGAACUCGGACUGCUGUGGGAUCCGGAACAGUUGCAGGAAGGCGAUGGGGAGAUGGACAUUACAUCUCUCGGCGGGCUUUGGGCUUCUGCUCUUUCUCGUGGCCUGCUCUUACACUGAAGCAAACUAUUGCUUUGCCACCAGGUCCAAAACGUGUUCAGAUUGCCUGCAGGCGGGAAAAGGCUGCGCCUACUGUCCUGAUGAGACCUUUAAUGGACCGCGUUGUGACCUGUAUGAAAACAUUCUGGCUCAUGGCUGCAGCGCUGCAGCUGUCAUCACGGCAAAAAGCAGUAUGAAGAUUGAAAGACAACAACAGAUCGACGUCCAAAUGGCGCAGUCGCAGGUGUCCCCGCAGCAGGUGAGCAUGUCUUUUCUGCCGGGAGAGGAGAAGUUGGUCGAUGUGGAAGUCUUUGCUCCGACCAAAGGCCCGCUGGAUCUUUACAUUCUCAUGGACUUCUCCAACUCUAUGGAAGACGAUUUGGACAACUUGAAGCGCAUGGGGCAGGAGCUGGCUUCACUGGUGAAGAAGCUGUCCGAUGACUACACCAUCGGAUUCGGAAAGUUUGUGGACAAAGUUAUUGAGCCUCAAACCGACAUGAGGCCCGCUAAACUUGAAAAACCCUGGCCCAACAGCGACCCUCCAUUCUCCUUUGAAAACGUCAUCAAGCUGACCAACGACUUGCCCUUCUUUACUAGUGAGCUUCAGAAGGAAAGAAUCUCUGGCAAUCUGGAUGCUCCCGAAGGAGGUUUUGAUGCCAUACUGCAGGCUGCAGUCUGCGGGGAUAAGAUCGGUUGGCGUGAACACAGCACACAUCUACUGGUUUUCUCCACUGAGUCCGCUUUUCACUACGAGGCUGAUGGCGCCAACGUGCUGUCGGGCAUCCUGCGCCGCAAUGACGAGCUUUGCCACCUGGACGGCGAAGGCAAAUAUACAGAAGACACCACGCAAGAUUACCCCUCCAUACCCACGCUGGUCCGGCUGCUCGGGAAACACAACAUUAUUCCUGUAUUUGCUGUCACCAACCACUCCUACACGUACUACAAGAAACUCCAAACCUAUUUCCCCAUUGCUGAGGUGGGCCUGCUGCAAGAGGAUUCCUCCAACAUCCUGCAAGUCAUGGAAAUGGCCUUCGAGAGUAUCCGUUCCAAGAUGAGCAUCCGUGCAGAAGACAGACCCAAAGCUUUUGAGGCCCAGUUUCUGUCCACCAGUGGGAAGCUUGCAGAAUAUGGAGCCUUUGAUUUCAAGCCUGGAGCCAUUGGCAAAUUCAAGAUGAAACUCAAAGCCCAGAGGAUGAUCGACGAGUCUCCAGUCUGUAAGCGGGAUAUGGACGAAAAAGAGGGCAUAAUAAGAGUCAAACCUACGACCUUUAACGCUGCCGUCAAUGUUAAUGCCCGCAUGCAUUGUCCAACUUGCGACUGUGAGAAGGCUGCCAUCCGAAAUGCGCCUCGAUGCUAUGGCAAUGGGGACCUCGUGUGUGGGAAGUGUCAGUGCUAUGAUGGCUGGCUGAGUACAUUCUGUAACUGUUCAGCUAGUGCUUCAGCUCUCGACACAAACCUGUGUAUCGGUCCUGGGUCUACCGAACCUUGUUCAGGUCGCGGGGAUUGCCUGGAAUGUGGAACCUGUGUGUGCUACAACCCUGACCAGUUUGAAGGGCCUUACUGCCAGUAUGACAGAACACAGUGUCAGCGAUUUGGAGGCUUCCUCUGCAACGACCGCGGCUCCUGCAUCAUGGGCCGCUGUGUAUGUUCUGAUGGCUGGGAGGGAAAUGCCUGUGAGUGUCCCAAAAGUAACCAGACCUGUUUGGAUAGCAAGGGGGGCGUGUGCAAUGGACGUGGCAAAUGUGUUUGCGGCCUCUGUGAGUGUCCUUCAUCUGGUAUUGAAAUGUCUUCGACGUGUGAGCCAAAUUUCCAGGCCCAGCUGGGUGUGUGCGAGGCUACACGGAGUUGUGCUCAGUGUCAGGCUUGGAAGACAGGAGAGAAGAAGGACAAGGAGGAGUGCGAUAAGUGUCCUUUCAGAGUCAUCAUGGUGGAUGAACUCAAAGAAGCGGACAAGGUGCUUGAAAAGUGCAGUUUCCGUGAUGAGGAUGAUGACUGCACAUACCACUACACAGUGGAAAACCCCAAAGUUGCGACAUCUAAAGAUUUGGAGGUCCAGGUGCUCAAGAAGAAAGAUUGUCCCGCUGCCAGUCUCCUCUGGCUGCUCCCUCUCCUCUUAUUCCUCCUGUUACUGCUGGCACUUUUGCUGCUCUGCUGCUGGAAAUACUGCGCCUGCUGCAAAACCUGCUGCCAGAGCUGCCUUGCCCUGCUGCCCUGCUGUAGGAAAGGUCGCAUGGUUGGAUUCAAGGAGGAUGAGUACCUUCUCCGCCAGUCUCUGCUCACCUCAGACCACCUGGACACACCUAUGGUGAGGACAGGCCCCCUCAAGGGCACUGAUGUGGUUCGUUGGAAGGUUACAGAUAAUGUGCACCGAAGUCCCAACCACCCCCAGGCUCUAAUAAAGCCCAACCCCAAAGAAAUAAUCCAGUAUCCAAUCUCCCUGCGGCUGAACAGGCGGUUUUCUGAGAAUUUGUCCCGUCCUGACUCCAGAGAUACAGAGCAGCUUCGUAAAGAAGUGGCAGAUAACCUUAAUGAGGUGUACAAGCAAAUUCCAGGGGCCCAAAAGAUGCAAAAGACCUUAUUCAGAACGCAGAGAAAUGCAGGGAAAAGGCAGGACUACACCAUCAUGGACACCAUCCUGUCUGCACCUCGCAGCAGUUACCCUGAUAUUGUCAAGCUGACAGAGAGAAAUGUCCAGUCUGGACACUUCCAUGACUUGAAAGUGUUGCCUGGCUACUACACUGUUGCUACAGACAGAGAGGCCGCAGGAGCUAUAGAAUUCCAAGAAGGUGUGGAAUCGCUGGAUGUCCACGUGCCACUUUUUACCAAGGAUGAAGAUGACGACAAGAAGCAGCUGCUGGUGGAGGCCACCGAUGUGCCGCUGGGCAUUGCCCAAAUAGGAAAACGCUUGGUGAACAUCACCAUCAUCAAAGAACAUGCUUCCAGUGUGUUCUCCUUCCUCCAGCCAGCCUACACCUAUAGUAGACAGGACGGGGUGGCCAAUAUUCCAAUUAGUAGAGAGAUUAUUGAGGACGGACGCACACAAGUUUCCUAUCGUACACGAGAUCUCACAGCCAAGGACAAAAAGGAUUACGUGACUGUAGAUGGAGACCUCACUUAUGGUCCUGGUGAGACCCAGAAGACUGUUCCGGUUCGUCUACUGGAGCUGGGUGAGAAAGAUGCCCUCCUGGAUGACAAGCAGGUCAAACAGUUUGUUAUGGACCUCAGUAACCCGCGACAGGGUGCCAAGCUUGGCCGUUACCCGAGAACUACUGUCACAAUCGCCGACCUACCAGAGCCCAGCGUGAUGAUGUUCAAGAGGGGCACCCAGAACUUCACUACAUCUGACCCAAAUUACAGCAUCCCUGUGGUACGCACUCGCAACCAGGAUAGCCCCGCUACAGUGAAAUGGCGAACGAAGAAGGGUCAACGCUUCGACCUCUCAGGCCUACUAAAGUUUAACCCCGGAGAGACAGAGAAGAAUAUCGUGAUCGAUCCAAGAUCUCACCCUGCCCUGGGCCAGCCUGACUCCUUCCAGUUAGAGCUGUUGGAGCCAAGUAGUAAUACCACAGUCGGAGAGAGGAAGACUACAAUUGUCAAUGUUGUAGAAGGAGGUCCAAGGUCACCCGAGAUGGCCCAAAUGCAGCAGAAAGGGUUUGUAACUCCCAAAAAUACAUCGCUUGGUGGUCGUCUUCUUGCUCCAGGAAACCCUAGAGCCAAAGCAACUGGACCUAGAAGUAUCCGCCUCAACUGGGACCCACCACCCGGUAACCCCAUGGGAUACAAGGUCAAGUAUUGGAUCUAUGGUGACCCAGAGAAAGAUGCUCAGGUCUUAGACGUUAAGACCUCUCAAGCUGAGCUGACCAACCUGUAUCCGUACUGUGACUAUGAGAUGAGAGUGUCUGCUUACAAUGCAUCGGGAGAUGGCAAUGAAACAGACAUUGUUGCUUGUCAGACUCUGGAGGAUGUGCCUGGUGAACCAGGCCGACUUGCCUUCAAUGUCAUCAGCCCAACAGUUACUCAGCUCAGUUGGGCUGAGCCUGCAGAAACUAAUGGCAACAUCACUGCUUACGAGGUCAUCUACACACCUAUUGACGAUGAUCUGAAGCAAGUUGGUGCAGCCAAGAAGGUGAAGAUAGACAACGCAAAGAAGCGAAUGCUCCUUAUUGAGAAUCUUGUGAAUGCGCAGACCUAUCAGUACAAGGUCCGUGCCAAGAAUAGUGUCGGCUGGGGCCCCUAUAGAGAUGCUACCAUUAACUUGGCGUCACAGCCUGCGAGACCGCUGUCCAUUCCUAUCAUUCCAGAUGUCCCAAUUGUGGAUGCCGAGGCAGGAGAUGAGUAUGACAGCUAUCUGAUGUACAGCAAUGAGGUGCUGAAGUCUCCUGCAGGGUCCAAGACACCCAGCGUUUCUGGUGAUGAUUACAUGAUGAACGGCAAAUGGGACCAGAACUUCCUAUUCCCAGGUGGUUCUGUCACACGCAACUUGUCCACAUCGUCAUCUCCGAUGUCCUCUUUGAACUCUAACUACAGGGGCGGCUCAUUUACCACAGAAACAACCACCAACUACAUGUCAGGAAGCCCUCGUAGACCUGAUAUGAUGGGUGGAAUAGGUGGAACAUAUACAUCAGACGUCAUCAUGAGGAAGCGCUCAGAGAGGGCGUACACAGAAGAAAACAUUCGGGACUCAAUCGUUAUGGGAAAUGUGUCGAACAAAUUUCCAGAACUAGGUGUGUACGGCUUCACUGGGUCGCAGAGUACCUCUCAGAGCCAGUUCGGCUACAGCCUGUCUCAGGGUCCCAGGGCUAGGACUCAGUCUUUCGAAGUCAACGAAGCUCUGUAUAAUCUGGACAGGGUGCUCCAGGAUGCGAGACUCAACCCAGGGGUCCCUGACACCCCCAGCCGACUGGUGUUUUCAGCUCUGGGUCCCACUGCCUUGAAGGUCAGCUGGCAGGAGCCGCACUGCGAGAAGGACAUCUUGGGUUACUGUGUGCUCUACCAGCCGCUUAAUGGAGGUGAAGUGAAGCGCAUCAAUAUGACCAACCCGGCCGACAACUCUGUGCUCAUCCAGGACCUCCUGCCCAAUCAUUCCUACCUGUUCAAGGUGAAGGCUCAGAGCCAAGAAGGCUGGGGUCCUGAGAGAGAGGGCGUCAUCACCAUCGAGUCCGCCGUCGACCCCAAGAGUCCCUUCAGUCCCAUGCCAGGCUCCCCAUUCACUCUGAGCACCCCGAGUGCGCCGGGUCCCCUCGUCUUCACAGCUCUGAGUCCCGAUUCCCUGCAGCUCAGCUGGGAGAAACCUCGGAAGCCAAAUGGAGACAUUCUCGGCUAUGUGGUCACCUGCGAGCAAUUGCACGGUGGAGGUGACACUCGUUCCUUCCAAGUGAGCGGCGACAGCGCGGAGACCCGGCUGACCGUCCCGAACCUGACUGAGAACAUCCCCUACAAGUUCAAAGUUCAGGCUCAGACCACUCAGGGCUUCGGACCCGAGAGGGAAGGCAUCAUCACCAUUGAGUCUCAGGAUGGAGGGGCUCUGUCUCAGUUUAAUAAUCAAUCCAUGACAACGAGGGAAGUUUUCAACAUGCCAAGUGACAUCAGUACCAUGAGCAACAUGUCGCGCACGAUGAUCAACGACCCGUACUUCUCAGAUGGAAUGAUGAUGACCACGCAGCACACAGAAACCAGCGGCAUGAUGACCCGCCAAAUCACCAAGGAAGUGGUCCAGAGGAGUGUUGUCGGCGGUACCACCGUCACAAAGAAGAUGUUUUACGAAUCCUAAAAUAACCUGCUUCCAUUUCUCAUUUUUGUAUCGAUUUGCAUUCUAAUGGUCCAAAUCUUUCAGAUUCUCUUUUAAAAAGAGUCAGAGAGCUCACAAAUGCUUGAUGUACAGUAUGUAUUCAUAAUGAUGCACGUGAGAGAUUGUGGUACCAAAAAAAUAAAUAAAAUGAAACAUUUACACUGUUAUGCUAAUAAUAAAAUGGCGAGGAGGCCAUUUGGUUGCGUCUGUUACAAAGUUUGAGCACUUGUUCUUGUUCAUCCAGGUUUUCUGUCGUAUAAACAACUUCACUUCUAGUCACGCACACAUAGUGUACAUACAUUAAAAGUAUACAGGUAAUCUCGACUGUGGUUAAUCCAGAAUGACACGACGCCCUUGCAACCCUAGUUCAAUAAAUCUUUUUUGUUUUGUCAUAUUUAGAAAACCACAAUAACUAAUAACGUAUGUUGUGGAUUAUUCCGAAGGUUUAUUAAUUCCCUCAAUUGGUUUUAUCGUCAGUGCGGCACAUUAAGGGAGUAUUGUGCUUAGAAUUAAACAAUCUAAUCAAAUAAAGUAAUACAAACAUGCCAAAUUUAUACCCGUUAAAGUAAGUUUGUGCUAUUUCUGCUGUAUUGACAUUUCUACAAACGAUUUCAUAAAUUGUAUUUUGUUUCACAUUUUACAAGAUGUUUAUACUCAAUGUAUGAUAUAUACAAUUCUUUGUACUACUGUUGCGUUUUCAUUGUUCUCAUGCAGUAAGAGGUGUUCAAUUGGAGGAAUUGAAUAUAAGACAUAAAGAUUGUAUUUGCGUUCGAGCACAAAUAUAGUCAAGUUGUAUUUCAACUUCAGUCUAUGUUUGUCUUUUAUAAAAACUUUUGAUAUGUUGGACCUAAUGGAUAAAUGGAUGGGUUUGAAAAAAAUGUUAUCACUUUUACACUGAUGCGGUUGCCUCUGUAUUUUCUUCGUCACAUCUAUUGCACUUAAUAAAGAUAGAAAUGAUCUGUUC